AUGGCUGUGGAAGCCAGGCACCUCAAUCUCUUCCCUCCUCAACUCUUAAGCAACAGGGAAAUGAUGAACCCCAUUGAAGCAAAUACAAAUAUGUACUACACUCAGAUGGGAUAUGGUGUGCCAUUAUCAGGAACUACGACAACAACAGCAGAGACACUGCUUCCUAUGUACAGUUCUGUGAUCACUGACUCAAUCCCUUAUAAAACACCAAUCAAAUCAGAAAGUGGUCUCACUUACAAUCUUCCUGUACAAAGAAAGCGCCCCAGAGACUCCAUCAAUCCUCUCCUCUCCUAUCCAAUUCCCGUACAAUCCAAUAAGACUUGCACUCCCUUUUCCUUUCUUGGCCAAGACCUCUCUUUUCAGAUCCAACAACAGCAAUCAGACAUCGACUGCCUUGUUUCUCAACACAUGGAAAAAGUGAGGAUGGAGAUAGAAGAGAGGAGGAAGAGGCAAGCAAGGCGGAUACUUGAGGCGAUAGAAACAGGGAUGGUGAAGAGACUAAGAGUAAAAGAAGAAGAAAUUGAAAAGAUUGGCAAAUUAAAUUGGGCCCUUGAAGAGAAAGUCAAAUCUUUAUGCAUAGAGAACCAAAUAUGGAGAGACUUAGCACAAUCCAACGAAGCAACAGCCAAUGCUCUACGUUCCAAUCUUGAACAAGUCCUCGCAGCACAGGUUAAGGAUGAGCGCACCCUUGGUGCAGGAUUAGAUGAUCAGGCAGCAGCAUUAAUGGAUGAUGCCCAAUCAUGUUGCGGCAGCACCGGUGGUGAUGGUGACGACGGAUGGGAAGAAAGAGUGUCGGGGAGGUGCAAGUUACCAAACGGGGCGCAGGAUAAUAAGGGCGCUGGUACAAGCGGUAGUGGUACGAGCAGUUGGUUGUGCCGGAAUUGUAACAAGGAAGAGUCUUGUGUGUUGCUGUUGCCGUGUAGGCAUAUGUGCUUGUGUACUGUUUGCGGGUCAAGUCUCCAUACUUGCCCCAUCUGUAAAGCCACCAAGGAUGGCAGUGUCCAUGUUAACUUGUCAUGA